GCACAUGUUGUUGCCAUCACAUCAAUUUCGUACUUUUGGCUUUUAAUAAAAGGAAGUCUGACAGAAAUGAGCACUUCAGGGAAACUGAAACGCAGCGACGUUUGUCGAGUUCCUGAGAACAUCAACUUUCCGGCUGAGGAAGAAAAUGUGCUGAAGCAAUGGCGUGACGAGAAAAUUUUCGAAAAGUGUAGCCAGCUGUCGAAGGGAAAGCCGAAAUACACCUUUUACGAUGGGCCACCCUUUGCGACCGGCUUGCCGCACUAUGGACACAUCCUGGCUGGCACAAUUAAGGAUAUCGUCACACGAUAUGCCUACCAGCAGGGUUACCAUGUGGAUCGGCGAUUUGGCUGGGAUUGCCACGGACUGCCCGUGGAGUUCGAGAUCGAUAAGCUGCUCAACAUCAAGGGUCCAGAGGAUGUCGAGAAGAUGGGCAUUAAGGCGUACAACGCCGAGUGCAGAAAGAUCGUCAUGCGCUAUGCGGACGAGUGGGAAAGCAUUGUGACGCGCGUAGGUCGCUGGAUUGAUUUCAAGAACGACUAUAAGACAUUGUACCCCUGGUACAUGGAGUCAAUAUGGUGGAUAUUCAAGCAGCUCUACGACAAAGGUCUGGUAUAUCAAGGUGUAAAGGUUAUGCCCUAUUCUACUGCCUGCACCACCUCGUUAUCAAACUUCGAGGCAAACCAGAACUACAAAGAGGUCGUUGAUCCCUGCGUAGUUGUUGCACUUGAGGCGAUUACGCUUCCCAAUACCUACUUCUUGGUGUGGACCACAACACCUUGGACACUGCCGUCUAAUUUCGCCUGCUGUGUGCACCCCACCAUGACUUAUGUCAAGGUGCGUGAUGUAAAAAGCGAUCGGCUUUUUAUUUUGGCCGAGUCUCGAUUGUCUUAUGUGUACAAGACCGAGGCGGAAUACGAGCUGAAGGAGAAGUUUGCCGGGCAAACGCUUAAGGAUCUGCAUUACAAACCAGCGUUCCCCUAUUUUGCCAAACGUGGCGUCGAGGUAAAGGCCCAUCGUGUGCUGGUGGAUGAGUAUGUUACGGAGGACUCCGGUACGGGUAUAGUCCAUAACGCGCCAUACUUUGGCGAGGACGAUUACCGCGUCUGCCUGGCGGCGGGCAUUAUCACUAAGUCAAGCGAUGUGAUUUGUCCUGUAGAUGAAGCCGGCCGGUUUACUGCAGAGGUGACCGACUUUGCGGGCCAGUAUGUUAAGGAUGCGGACAAGCACAUAAUAGCCAGCUUAAAGGCGAACGGAAAUUUGGUUUCGACCGGCCAGGUGAAGCAUAGCUACCCCUUCUGCUGGCGUUCAGAUACUCCGCUGAUCUACAAGGCGGUGCCAUCUUGGUUUGUGCGCGUCGAACAUAUGUCUAAAAACUUAUUAGCCUGCAGUGGUCAGACUUACUGGGUACCGGACUUUGUCAAGGAGAAGCGUUUCGGCAACUGGCUAAAGGAGGCCAGAGAUUGGGCUAUUUCCCGUAAUCGGUAUUGGGGCACUCCCAUACCAAUUUGGCGCUCUCCUAAUGGUGAUGAAAUAAUUGUCAUUGGCAGUAUUAAACAAUUGGCCGAACUUUCCGGCGUGCAAGUGAAUGAUCUGCAUCGCGAAACUAUUGAUGACAUUGAAAUCCCAUCAGCGGUUCCCGGGAAUCCGCCUUUGCGACGAAUUGCGCCUGUUUUUGACUGCUGGUUCGAGUCCGGGUCGAUGCCUUUCGCUCAGCAACAUUUUCCCUUCGAGAAUGAAAAAGAUUUUAUGAAUAACUUUCCAGCGGACUUUAUUGCCGAGGGUAUUGACCAGACACGCGGCUGGUUUUACACGCUCCUGGUAAUCUCAACGGCAUUAUUUAAUAAGGCUCCGUUUAAGAACCUAAUUGCCAGUGGAUUGGUGCUAGCCGCCGAUGGGCAGAAAAUGUCCAAGCGCAAGAAAAAUUACCCGGAUCCCAUGGAGGUGGUUCACAAGUACGGCGCGGAUGCUCUGCGUCUGUAUCUCAUCAACUCGCCCGUUGUGCGCGCAGAAAGUCUGCGUUUUAAGGAGGAGGGCGUGCGUGAUAUAAUUAAGGAUGUAUUUCUGCCAUGGUACAACGCCUACCGCUUCCUGCUCCAAAAUAUUGUGCGGUACGAGAAAGAGGAGCUGCACGGCAAGGCCCAGUACACCUACGAGCGUUCAAGGCAUCUGAAAAACAUGGAGCAUGCCUCGGUCAUUGACGUGUGGAUCCUGUCGUUUAAGGAGUCCCUUUUGGAGUUCUUUGCAACAGAGAUGAAAAUGUACCGCCUUUAUACGGUGGUGCCCAAACUAACCAAGUUUAUUGACCAGCUGACCAAUUGGUACGUGAGGCUGAAUCGUCGCCGCAUUAAGGGCGAGCUGAGCGCCCAGCAAUGCAUACAAUCGCUAGAUACUCUUUAUGAUGUGUUGUAUACUAUGGUUAAGAUGAUGGCGCCCUUCACUCCAUAUUUAACGGAGUACAUUUUCAAGCGACUGGUGCUCUUUCAGCCUUCAGGGAGCUUGGAGCAUGCUGAUUCUGUACACUAUCAAAUGAUGCCUGUUAGCCAAAAGAAAUUUAUCCGCAGCGACAUCGAGCGGUCCGUGGCAUUAAUGCAGUCGGUGGUGGAGCUAGGUCGCGUUAUGCGAGACCGUCGCACGCUGCCCGUCAAGUAUCCCAUUUCGGAAAUCAUUGUUAUUCACAAGGACAAACAAACACUGGCUGAAAUUGAAACAUUGCAAGAUUUCAUACUAAGCGAGCUUAAUGUACGCAAGCUGACUCUAAGCUCGGACAAGGAAAAGUACGGAGUAACUCUGCGUGCGGAACCUGACCAUAAGACUCUGGGUCAGCGCCUGAAGGGCAAUUUCAAAGCUGUAAUGGCCGCCAUUAAAGCACUCAAAGAUGACGAGAUUCAGAAGCACGUAGCCCAGGGCUACUUUAGCAUAUUGGAUCAACGAAUUGAGCUGGAGGAAGUGCGCAUCAUUUACUGUACUUCCGACAAGGUUGGCGGAAACUUUGAGGCACACAGCGAUAAUGAGGUUUUGGUCCUAAUGGAUAUGACGCCCAACGAGGAACUACUCGAAGAAGGUUUGGCGCGCGAAGCUAUCAACCGUGUGCAAAAGCUAAAGAAGAAGGCGCAGCUGAUACCUACGGACCCGGUUAUCAUUUACUACGAUUUGAAGAGUACUGAUGCGAAAAAGGAAGCGCAGGAGGCGCUGGCACAACUGCAAAAGGUUUUGGUCAACUAUGCGCCCAUGAUAAAGGGGGCCGUCAAGUCCGAGUUCCUUCCAUUUGACCAAAAGCAAGUCGCUUCAAAGCGCCUUGUCAUCAGUGAGCUAGUGGACCUUAAAGGUGUUCAGCUUAAUUUGACAAUUUGUUCUGCUGAGGAGCUGCAGCUGCCCAAUCUCGCCUGGCUUAAUGUAACCCUUGAUGGCGAGCUGCAACCACGAUUCGCUAACAGCAACAAGGCCUCUAUUCUACUACAGGAUGGUAGCAGCAAGCAGUACAUCACCUUGGCGGCAUUACGUCGAGAACUGGAUGUGCUUUUCGGGCUCUACGGCGUCAGUUACACCAUUUAUGUGGUGGAUCAGCAGAAGAAAGUAAGCGAUCUUCAGGCAAUUGAUAAGAGUCUGAACGGCAAGCUACUUGUUUUGACGCGCAGCACGAAUGCACUUAGUCAGGCACCGGCCUUCGAAGUCCUGCCGGUGCCGUAUACUAAUUUUGUUAAUCAGCCGUCUGGAAGCACAAUAUUUACUGAGAACCCAAAGGGCCACAGCCUAUUGUAGGAGCUGAAUUUCUAAGAGAUGUCAAAAAUGACGGUGGUUGUUCGGUAUUUAUUGUAUGCCGAAUCGGUAAAAGAAAUAAACUUUUUGAAAAAGUGGCAAUUGAGCUUCAUUACAGUCUUCAUUUUAGUGCAAAACGAAAACAGUCUUAAAAAUAUGUUGGUAUUGGGGUUUGUAUAAAAACAAUAGAAACAUCGCCCAUUAGACAAAUUUGAGGUAGCCAUGUCCGUCUGUUAUCAAUAGAAUCAAAUUCCACGCAAAUAAAUCUUGCCAUAUAUAAAAGCAUUUA